AUGCCCAUAAUGGAGAAAGAUAGCUUUAAAAGUCCCUUGGUGCCUGCGUUGCCAGCUGAUGUUUUCAGGUACCGGUUCAUAUGGAAGAUUUAUGAAACUAUCAAGAAUUACCCCUGGGUGACAUCGCAACUUGUCCUUUACAUGUCGUUUCUAUUUGUGGUUGAACCAUGUGUAGAAAUCUCCGAAUUAUUCAUCGGUGUGUAUCUUACUGGUAUGUUCCUAAGCAUGAUUUAUAUUCUAUUUCUUCUUCGGUACAUCUGCAGGGAUGAUUCCAAACCUUUCUCAAAUGUCGAACUUCUACGUGACACUGUUCUAGCAGUUGAUCCAGGCGUCGAUGCUAGGAAAUGGGAUAUUGUGACGUCCAAAGUGAAUUAUGUUCUUUAUGAUAAUGGUUAUCGAAGGACACCAUAUUACUUUUUCAAUAGGUCACACUGUUGGUCUGUGUCUCACCAUUAUAUUUUAAGAUUCGAUUCUGAGGCUGCUGAACGGUACAGACAGGCCGUGAACAAGUGUUUCGACGAUUUUUUACAAGAUAAGCCUUAUGGUUGCGGUUCUAAACUCGGGAGAGAACUUAAUGUUAAGCUUGCCUCCGAUAGGGGCUUCACGAUUCCCACAUUUAUUUGCAUCAUUAGUUUUAGUUUUUCCCUUCUGAGUAUGAAUGACAGUAGAAAGAGACUAAAAUGGUUUACGAACAUUAACAAGGUUGGUUUGUUUGUUUUCUUUUGUGUUACCUUUGUUUCCAUAUACAAAGGACGUGGUAUGGUUAAGUAUAAGGCCCUAGGAGUCUUGCAUAGAAUAAAGUUUCUAGCUACUGCAAUGCAGCAUGCUCCAGGAAACGACCUGGAAAAAUGGGAUCACAUCGCUAGACACAUGAAUUAUUAUUUACAUGAAAAAGGAGUGUGGCGGAGACCAGAAGAGAACUUUUUCGACGGGAAGGAGUGUUUAGACUUUUACAGAUCCCAAUUUGAACCGCUAGCUUCUGCAUCUACAAAAUUGUUCUACGUAGAGCUCAGAGAUAUUGUUCAGGAAACCAAUAAAGUCUGUGGAUCCCCAGUAGUCGGCUUGGUCUAA